UUCAUCCAAUGAACUGGCCCAGCACGCUGGCCCAACAUGUACAACAGGCUUAACAAUAAAUGCCAACUCGUGUCAAAGUCCAAUUUUAAUAAUAAUUGAAUGAAGAGUAUUUUAAAGUUCAAAAAUAUUUAAAUUCGAAUCUCUUCAUAACUUUAUUAUUUGUGAUUAAUAUCGAAAGUGCGAAAGUGUAAAUAUUAAAGAUAAAAUGUUUUUACGCAAAGUUGUAAACAAUGCUAAGCGUUUGGCUCCUAACAUCCGAACCAUGGCCAGUCAAGGCCCCUUAGUUGAUUUAACAGUUGACAAUGAUGGAGUAUCAAUAAUGACAAUGCAAAGACCACCGGUCAACAGCCUUAACCUCGAUUUGCUUAGAGAAUUAAGCAAAUCUCUCGAUGAAGUAGCAAAAAAUAAAAGCAGAGGAUUAAUAUUAACAUCAUCAUCACCAACAGUCUUUUCAGCAGGAUUAGACAUAAUGGAAAUGUAUAAGCCAGAUUUUAAAAGAGCCGAAGAAUUUUGGACAACAUUACAGGAUGUUUGGUUUAAACUAUUCGGUUCAAACUUUGUAACGGCAGCAGCCAUCAAUGGCCACGCUCCAGCUGGUGGAUGUUUGCUAGCUAUGUCAUGUGAAUACCGAGUAAUGGUGCAAGGUAAAUUCACAAUUGGACUUAAUGAAACUGCCUUAGGUAUAGUAGCACCAACAUGGUUCAUGGACACUAUGUGCCACACCAUUCCUGUGCGUGAGGCAGAGUAUGCUCUCACCACUGCUCGGAUGUUCACAGUUGAUGAAGCUUUAAAGGUUCGUCUCAUAGAUGAAAGUGCAGCAGAUAAAGCAGAUGCGAUCAACAAAUGCAAGAGUUUCAUUAAGAAGUUUGAAAGAAUCCCCCCAUUAGCCAGAUCUAUAACGAAACAAAAAAUACGUCAAGCUCCUAUAAAGAAUCUUCAAGAUAAUCGAAAGGCUGACUGUGAAGAAUUUUUAGCUUAUCUUAAAAACCCGAAAGUUCAACAAAGCCUUGAUAUGUAUAUUCAGUCUUUGAAAAAGAAAGCCUAACCAAUGUCAAUUAAGUGCAAAUAAAAUAACUUAAAAGAAUCAAUAUAGGUUAUAAUGAAAUUAUAGAGUAUUGUGCAAAUAUAUGUUUGAAUAUUUGUUUAAGUAAGCUCCAGUAUAAGUAGAUCAUUGUCAUCCCUUUGUUGAGUGUAAUUACAAGUACAAGACAUUAUAACGACACUGGUGGUGUCAAAAAUGGUUUUACUGUUUGCAGCGCCAGUGUCUCUGGGUUAGUAUUAACAACCUCAAACCCAUAUUAAAAACUGCCUAAAUAAAUUAAAAAAAAAAAACAUAUAUAUAAUGUAUAUACUCAGAAUUAUUGUAUUAUAGAUAUAAAAA